AGUGAGGGAAUUGAAAUAAGACCUCGGAAUUGGGAAUCAGAGGAGUGCGAAGAGUGAAGAUGGCGAUGAGCGUGAGAGGAGAGAUGGAGAAGCUGAGCGUGGAGCAGUUGAAGGCAGUGAAAGAGCAAACUGAUCUGGAGGUCAAUCUUCUCCAGGAUUCCCUCAACAACAUCCGCACCGCCACCACCCGCCUCGAGCUCGCCUCCUCCGCCCUCCACGACCUCUCCCUCCGCCCCACCGGCAAGAAGAUGCUCGUCCCUCUUACCGCCUCCCUUUACGUCCCCGGAACUCUCCAGGACCCCGACCAGGUCCUCGUCGACGUCGGCACCGGCUACUUCAUCGAGAAGAACAUGCCUCAGGCCAAAGACUACUGCGAGCGCAAGAUCAAUCUCCUCAAGUCCAAUUUCGAACAACUCGUUGAGGUUGCUUCUAAGAAGAAAAGCAUAUCUGAUGAAGCUGGGUUAGUUUUGCAAGCAAAACUGAAGCAGAUGGCUCCUACAGCACAGUAGGAGACAAGGACUUUUAAUAUGUGAGCUGUGGUAUUCAAGUUAAGAUCAUGAUGUACUGGUGACUUAGGAGUAGGUUAUGCUUGUUUUAAUAUAGAAUCCAAACUUCAUGUUAGAGUUGUGGUUUGCACGCUUGAACUGGUGCGGUUUUGUUCCCUUACAAAUGGGAUUGAAUCUCUUCUGCUCUUUGAAGACUCGUAUUGUGGUGUAUCAUUGCAGAACUACUUACAAUCUACAAUUUGCUUUUUCCAGCUUCAAAUGUUGAGCUUUACUUGCUAUAA